AUGCGACAGGCACAAAUAACAGAAUGGGGCUCAAUACCGCGGCUGAUAGACGUGCCCGAUUUGCCAGCUCCUUCACCAGAUGAAGUCCGCGUCAAAGUCGAAGCGACCGGCGUUCAUCGAGUGGUACGAUCAAGAGCAAGCGGAAAGCACUACUCCGCCGAGCACCUUCCUCACAUCCCCGGCAUCGACGGCGUAGGGACGACAGAAGACGGAAAGCGAGUCUACUUCCUCACCUUCGCGACUGGCACAAUAUCAGACUAUAUCAAUGUCUCAAAAUCCUCAAUAUUUCCAGUCCCAGAAGACGUGUGCGCACGACAGAUAGCCGGAGCCCUCAACCCCGCUAUGUCCUCCUGGAUGGCCUUCAAAGGGAGAACAUCAAAUUUACCACCAGACUUCACCGUCCUCAUCCUCGGCCCAACAUCAGCUAGCGGAAGAGUCGCAAUAUCACUCGCCCGCGCCCUCGGAGCAAAGAAAGUCAUCGGAGCAGCACGAAAUACAGCAGCACUAGAAAAACUCGACUUGGACCAAACCAUCACAAUCGCCUGCGAGCCGGAACAAACAGACUUCAGCAACCUCGACGAUGUCGACGUAGUACUAGACUACGUCUACGGACCUCUCGCAACACAUCUCUUCGAAUCACUUCAAACUCCAAAACCUGUACAAUACGUGCAUAUUGGAGCGCUGUCGACAACGGAAAUUUCACUUCCUGGUCACGUCUUGAGAUCGAAAGAUAUCACAAUACGAGGGUCCGGCCCAGGAUCAUGGUCGAUGCAAUCUUUUAUGAAAACGUUGCCGGAUUUGCUAGCUGCAAUGAGACAUGUUCAAGAACAGCCGAUUAAAGUUGCGAAGUUUGAGGAUGUAGAGCAGGAAUGGGAGCAUUGUGGGCCGGAGAGGUUGGUAUUUGUGCCUUGA